CAACUUGGAUAUGCUUCAUGCAUGCAGCAAGAGGAAUUAAGUCGUGAAACUAUCCAAUAUGUGAUUGGCGACAAACUCACCGCUGAUCGCAUCCGAGGACUGCAACAAUUUUGUGGCCGGGAGCUCAACUCACUUGAUCGGCUAGAUUUCAUUGUUCCAGCCUUCAGAUGGCUGCACCUGCAGGUGACAUUUGUGAAGUCACUGCAUAAGCAAUACCUCAGGACUGAUGCGGGAAUGGGAUUGAAACAUGCCUUCACUUUGCUAGAACAUAAAGGCCUCGAUCAGGUGUCGACGAAGGGCCCAUUUCAUGAUAAUCUGGAGUGCGUGCUGUGUCACGUUCUUGAGGCACAUAUCAGGACAUGCUGGCUCUGA